AUGUUGCCAUUGUGUUUGUUGCGUGACGACUUCCGGGCGGUGCCAGUUGACACGGUGGUGGCGGCGGGGGAGUCGGCCCUCCUCGAGUGUGUCCCCCCCAAGGGUCACCCUGAACCACUCGUCCGCUGGCGCAGGAACGGUCAGGUCAUCAAGGUCCCCGAGUCCCACAGGCACGAGGUGGUGGACGAGGGGACGUUGCUGAUCCGUCACGUCCAGCAGAACGACGGGGGACAGUACACCUGCGAGGCGUGGAACCUGGCCGGCUCCAAGACCACUGACCCCGUCAAUCUUUACGUCCAUAUCAAGCCCAGCUUCCUGCGUGGCCCGAAGGACACGGUGACGCUGACGGAGAGGAAGGUGGAGUUUGAGUGCCAGGUGAGCGGGGACCCCGCCCCCCAGGUCACCUGGGGCAGGCUCAGGGGCCCCCUGCCGGAGGAACGCACGGAGAUCCUCGACGACCACACCCUCAGGAUCGCCCGUGUCACCGCUGGGGACGAGGACACGUACGUGUGUGAGGCCGUCAACGUGGUGGGCACGGCCAAGACCAACGCCACCCUCACUGUGUAUACUGCUCCGGAGUUCCUAGUACGACCGCAGGACGUGAAGGCCACCGCAGGGUCGUCGGCAGCGUUCGAGUGCCUGGCGGUGGGUCGUCCUCCGCCGCUGGUGGUGUGGAGUCGUCAGGACGACCACAACCUGCUGCUGCCCCGCCAGGACACGCCGUCAGGGGAGCCCGGGGACCAGCCCAACGUCUGGGUCAACGCUGAGGGCACCCUCAUCAUCAACCAGGUACGGCGGGAGCUGGCCGGGUGGUACUCGUGCGCCGCGGUGUCGGCCGCGGGGUCGCUAGUGGCGCGGGCGCUGCUGGACGUGCCGGCGCCGACCCUCCACCCGCCGCCCGUCAUCUCCGUGCCGCCCCGGAACCUGACGGUGACCCCGGGGGCCGUGGCCCUCCUGGUGUGCCAGGCGGAGGGCGACCCCGCCCCCAGGGUCACCUGGACCAAGGACCACCUCGACCUUCCUGACGACGACUCCAGGAUCACACUCUUGGGCUCCGGCUCCCUCCAGCUCAACGGCAUCAGGGACGAGGACUCCGGGGAGUACCAGUGCUCGGCGGUGUCCGAGGCCGGCACCACCACCGCCACCAGCCACCUGCAGGUGGUCUCCCCGGACAGUCCAGCUGCGGCCCGGACCACGCCCGCCCCAGACCCUAGAGACCUGCCCGGACCCCCAAAGCCCCCAGCCCUGCGAGCCCGCAAUUCCAGCACGUUGACACUGGUCUGGGGCCCGCCAGACCACGAAGGGGCCUCUCCUAUCACCAGCUACAUUCUGGAGAUGUGGAGUGGUGCAGGGUCGUGGCAGCCGCUGGAGGAGCACAUCCCUGCCGAGACCUACACAGUCACGGGUCUCAAGCCCUACACCCAGUACCGCGCCAUCGUCAGGGCCAUGAACAUGCACGGGGUGUCUGCGGCGUCACCCGUCUCGGGGCCGCUAGUAACGGGUGGUCGACGGGUGGUGGACGGUGGGGGGACGGCCCGUGACGAGGACGACGACCCCCAGGUGAGGGCCGCCCUCUCUCACCCCUUCGUGUCCCUCCUGCCGCCCACGGCCGUCUCCUCCACCGCCAUCAGGCUCGUCUGGAAGGUACAGGAGUUCGGGGACUACAUGGACGGCUUCUACAUACGGUACCGGGAUCUGAGCUCCGGUACUCACCACUUCCGUAUGGAGACGGUCAUCCGGUCUGGGCCGGAUGCCUACACCCUCACCGACCUCGACAAGUAUACGGAGUACGAGUUCUUCAUUGUGCCUUACCACAAGAACAUCCACGGCCACCCCUCCAACUCCAGGAUUGCUAGCACCAAGGAAGACGUGCCAUCAGCGCCCCCUUCAGGAGUGGAGAGCCUGGUGUUGAACAGGACGAGCGUGGUGUUGUCGUGGCAGCCGCCGGCCCGGGCCCACACCAACGGUCGCAUUACCCGCUACUCCGUGUGGCUCUUUAUCAACAAGACUCAGGCUCACUCUAACCUGACGGUGGGCGGCGCCCUCCACAGUCUCACCCUCCAUAACCUCACCUUCGGCCUCCACUUCACCGCCACCGUCGCCGCCCACACCAAAGCGGGGCAGGGGCCGAGCUCCGGGGGCCACACGUGGCUGCAGGACCCCCAGGCCAGCGUGGGGUCAGACGAGGCCCGUCGGGUCCCCUCGCCGCUGAUGGCCGUGUUGAGGGAGACGUGGUUCAUCGGGGCCGUGGGAGCCGCCGGCUUCGUGGCCCUGUCCGUGUUCGUGGCUGUGGUCUGCUACCGCCGCAAGAGGAACGAGAAGCGUGCCAUGGGCGGCUACAAGAUGGACGGGCGUAGCCUGAACGGCACCAUGUCUGGAGGACUGUGGAUUGAGCGAGGGCCGUGGGGCAGCUCCUCGGCCACCACGGAGGACAAGCACGACGCUACCCCGGAGAAGCUGCUCAACCUCAACACCACCCCCGGAGACUACGCCGAGGUGGACGGCUCAGUAGUACCCCUCAUGCCUCCGGGGACCCAGCCUCCUGGCACCCCUGUGGCUUAUGCUACCACUAACAUCAUUCGUGGAAGAAAUGGUGAGACGGUGGAGCCAAACAUCCCUGUGUAUGGUAGCAUGUAUGGAGACAACAGUGUAAUGAAUCAACCAGAUGACAAUCUUGUUCUUUAUUGUACUCUCAAGAAGCAACAGUUGUACAAGCCUUCUCUAUCACCAGCACUCAACACUAAACAGCCUCAUGGUACUGUCCAGCGUGGCUAUAUUCCUCCGUGGGAACAGUAUGCUCCUCCCCCCUUACCUGAGAACCCUCCACCCGACCAUCUCCAGCAGUACAAUAAUCCACUAGGACUGCCACAGUUUCCCCAGCAGUGGAGGCACCAGUCCCCGAUGGUCAACAGAGCUAUUGCACGGCAGAUGCCAACAACAGGCUCAUUACCUCGUCACUUCAGCAAAAGAAAGGCCAGUCCUUCUGUACCAAAGAGAGGUUUAAACACAGGUGAUUUUGAUGUGAACAGUGAUGCUCUGCCCCCUCCUCCCAUGGACAUGGCACUGCCUGGAACUCCAUUGAUACGCAGAGACCCAAAAGAUCCUCUCCCUGGCCCUGCUACUGGAGUUGGAUUGCAAGGUCUACAGGGACUGAGUGGAUCACGUAUUAUGGGUGCCCCAGGAGCUCCACGCUUGGCCCGUGAUUACAGCCCAGGACGGCUCCCUGAUAUGUAUGGCGGCAGCUCUGUCUACCAGGGUCCAAUUGAUGAGGAAGAGGAGAGUGAACCUCCUUAUAAUGAAGGCAAUGCCAUAUACACUGACCAAAGUGCCCUCUAUGAAUCAACUUCUGCCUUUUAUGGAAGCAUGGGUGACAAAACUUAUGCAGCAGAUAGUACGAAUCCCCUAUUGGCUCCUCAGAAUGGUCAUCCUGGUGUGCAGCACAGUCCUAAAUCAAGCACUCUCCCAAAUAAUUCCCACCAAGCUAAUGGAAUUAAGGAACAUGCCAUUCAACACAAUUUAUUCCCCGUGCCAGAUUCUCAGCCACUCUGCCAUCAGCAGUCUCCGCCACGGAGCACCCUGCAGCCUCUCCAACACAACAACAAACAGGCUUUACCUCAUUCACGGUAACCUGCUGAAUACAUUUGCACCUAAACUUAAAUUUAAACUAAAUGCUUUGAGUGAUUGGUGGGUAAUUUUUAGACAAAUGUUUAUAAAGUUAUCACAAUAUUAAAUCAUGUGGAAAGCAGAUUGAGGAUAAAUACUAUAUAAACCAGACAGAUUGUAUUCAAUCUUGUAUCAUUUAUGGGUCCAUAUUGCAGACCAGUUACUAUGAGGUCCAUGUUACAACCCACAUACUAUGGGGUCCAUAUUGCAAAUCACUUACUAUAACAUUUGUGGCAUUAACUAGUAUAACCUUAAAGUACGUGUGUCAACAUUACUAAUGCUAUCUUCCUGUUCUUAACCCAUUUCCUACAGAGGCAUCGAAUAAUAUUCUGUAGGAUAAAUUGUCAAUUGUGUUUGCCGUGUUUAUGGUGUAUAAGUGUCCAGUAUGGUAACCACAUAAUAUACAGACAAUACCUUCACUACUACAUAUUGUGUCAAUAAGUUACGCAAGAUUUCUAACAGUAUAAUUUGCUAAGCUCUUAAUUUUCAUUGUUUUGUAACAUGAUUAUUUUCAGAAAUGUUUCUUAUGCAAAAAAUUUAUUUCAUGGUUAUCCUAGUUCAAAUGAAAGGAUCAUUAAUUGUUUUUAAAUUCCUCAUUUGCAGAAACUGUGACAUAAGUGCAUUGUAUACCUCAUAAAUGGAGAAAGCUCUUUAUUAUGUAUGUACUUCAUGUGAAAAUUGCAGACAUGUUACAAAUUUGGUAGUGGUGCAAUAGACGCUUCAAAGCUUGCAUGAAACGCAUGUGAGUGUGUGUACGUGUGCACUUGUGUGUGUGAACACAGCAAGUGUAUAGCAUAAUUUCUUAAAAACAGGUUUAGGUGAAGCAGUUAUCAUGAGGAAGCAUUAUUGGGAGACCUCCCCAAUAUAUAUUAUGUUAGAGGAAGACUUCCAGGCUUUUCCUUGUGAAUAUUGUACAGACAAAUGUAUAUGCAGACUCAAAGUACUGUGUGUGUGUGUGUGUAUCCUGGCAUGUUAGAUUACUUAACAUAUGCCAAUAUGGUAUAUUGCCAUAUUACCAAUAUGCUCAUGCCUGGCUACACCAUUAUCUCAUAUCUAUUGGACGUAUUUUGUUUUAAAGAAUAUGCCCAAAUGGAGUGUUAGAAUGUAAUGCAUUUUUCAUGUAAUACUGUUGAUAUUCUAUCUAAUUAUUAAUCAUGAGAUAUAAGAAUAUGAUAUUGCUAGGUGUACUAAUAUUAUUUAUGUUCAUAAUGGCGAGGAUUAUGUGCACUGUAUUAAUGACAUAUACCACUGAGCAGCUCUAACUGCACUAAAACAUUUCACUAUCAAGAGCUUCAGGCUUACAUCAUCAAUUGGUCAAGGCUAAUUUGUUCACACCAAUAUUAGAUCUACAAUUUAUUAACUACAUAAAUAUUGAUGGUUCUUACAGGGUUUGAAAGUAGACUAAAGGUAAAAAGCUGAAUGCAUCAGUGUUAUAUGUUGAGAAUUAUGUCACUUUCCAACUAUCUUUAACGAUAAAUGUCUGUGAAAGUUUUGGUCAAGUAACUUGUGUAACACACAUUGAAAAUACAAGAAUGUCAGAAAAUAUUACAAUGGGAUCAAACCUGCGACCUUGGAUUUGGUAGCAUGUGUGCCAGGGUAGUCUGGAAAAGGAGGUUCGAUCCAUAGUAUGGCCUCAAUAUUUUCUUAACUUGUGGAGUAACUUAAGAUUAACUUAACCUUUCGUAAACAUUUAACGAAUUUAAAACAUUAAAUUUUCCUUUCAUGAUAGAAAAAAAUCAUCUCUGGUAAACAUAUUCACAUAUAUUCCGAGUAAUAUUGAAAGUUGGAAUACCUUUGGGGGGUCUUGUCCAUUGGUCAUAAGUUGGGGAACUUAGGAUGUUGCCCUACUCCUAUAUGAAAUAAUUUGGCCAGGGAAAAUAUACUAUAUGUCCACCACUGAAUAAAACCCUAAAAAAUAUCAAAUUUAUUUGAUGGUAAAUAUUAUAUCUUGAAUUGCAGAUACAGGAUGGUAAAGUAUAUACCUUCUCUAACCUGCUAUGGUAGUUUGUAAUAACCACCACUAUUUGCACCUUUAUGCUCGGUACCCUAGUGACCAUUUGGCAUAGACUUGGUUGUCUAUAUCUUUGAUGCCGUGGGAAUGUCUCAUCCUGAGGAGAGCGACAAGAAGUCGAGUUUCCCAUUGUUGAGAACAGGAUGUUUGUUAGGGUCAUAGAGGUUCCCAAACCAUUGACAUCCCUCAGAAUGCAACCCACAACAAUCCUUUAACUCUCAGGGAUGGGGGGCCCAUUUACUGCUGGGGUGAAUAGAAUUCUCUCAGAUGUAAUGAUUCCCCAAGACUGACAUUCCCAGAAUAGAACCCACAACAGUUGCGUAACUCCCAGACUACUAUUUACUGCUAGUUGAACAGAAGCAUCAGAUGUAAGGAAACUUGCCCUAAUGUCAUGCCCUGCCCAUGAAACAAACUUGGGGUUCUAAAUCAGUUGUGAGCCAACUACACUAAAUACUUUACUAUGUAUUGAAAGCAUGAAUAUUAGUGAAUAACAUGAAAUAACUUGGUGGAUGUGAACCAAUUUGAGAAAUGUGUGCGUUUCUCCACACCCAAGAUUGGCUUGGUGGUUUAUAAAGAAUAUUUAUAUCUUUUACUUACUGACCUUACAGUGGGUCAUCACUUUUUGCCUUAAUGAAGAACAAUAGAUAAAGUUCAUUGGUGCACUGUAAAUAGCUAAUACCGUGAUAUAUAACGUUGAUAAACACUACAACAACAGUAUAUUCACACACAGUUGUGUUUGGCCUUUUUAGCAAAUCAAAGAAUUUAUUUUUGUUAUCCUUGCCAUUGAUGGAUUUUUCUUUAAUACUCUAUUUUGUUUUAUUUUGUACAUAUGUUUAUCUUUCUUAUUUUUCAUCCAUUGUUCAUCAUUCAUUGUAUUUAAUCUUUCUAGGAUUUGUAGUUAUGAUUUAAAUAUUUGUUUUCUAACAAUGUUAGUACAGUACUGUACUUUUAUACUGUUAGUACAAGUUUAGUCAAAAUUAACACAUUUUGUGGAAAGUAUUUAAUUUUUGCAUUUAUCUUUUAAAUUGGGUCGUAAUUGUAAAUCCUAGUAAAUGUUUGUAUCGGCUUUUAAUUCCUAUAAUAAUUUACACCAAUCAAAUUUGCUAUAUAUUUAUGUAAUCGUAUGAGGCUACUAGUCGACUGAGAGGUCUAAUACUGAAUAAUACAUAUCUCCUAUUACUCUUCAUAUUCCUAAAUGUCAUAUCUUGAUAACCAUGUGCUUAGUGUAAAUAAUAGCCUAAUGUUUUAUAAGAGUUGAGCGAGUGUAACAGGUAGUGUACCCGACACUUAGGUCAGGUCUCGAGUGAAUGGUCACGUCAAAGCAUUUUUUUUUUUUUCAGCGCAUCCAUGAUGCAGAAUACAGUAAUAUGAGAGCAAUAGUUUAAAAAGGAUUGUUAUGCCAUGAGAAGAGUCUUUCAGUGAUCAGAUACGCAUGACACGUUAAAUAAUGUCAAAUAUAUAUAUAACCGUCAAGUGGUGAUUGGCUUGUGUAUUAACAAGCAUGUUAAGACAAUAUGGCAGGUCUACCGUAUAACUUGUCCAAACCAUCCUCCUCUUUACAUAAUGCUUGUAAUAAUGAUAUGCACCAUCAUACAUAAUGAUGUAAUGGACAAUUAGACAUUAGAGUUUGGUACUAUUGAAUUUGGACAAACCAGAGAAGUUUUCGUAUUUGUUGAUAAAACCUAACCAACGUAGGCCUAAUUCACUACAAAUGUGUGCUAUACUACAUCUAGGAAUAUUUAUAUAUUUUUUUUUUUGCUAUAUUUUUUCCAGACUCUUAUAAAGUGAAUACAGUAGUACCAAAUCCUAAUUGUCUAUAAAGUGAAUACUGUAAUACCAAAUGUUAUAAUACUGUAUAUGAUACAGUACAAUGGUGCACAUAGUUACAAAGUGUACCAUUUAAACAGGAGAAUGGGUUGACUUAUCAUAUCCAACUGUCAGGUAUGCUGCCUGGCAAGUUAGGUCCAGUUGGCAAGUAGACUACCAUCCUUGCACUUUAAUUUUGAACUGUCCCUCUAUCUAGGGAUUAUUUGAAAAAAAUCUUUGCAGAUGGCGUUUGCUGCAUUAAUAUUAACGAAAGACUGGCAAGGACUUGCAUAAGCAAUACUAUUCAUUCAAAUACUUCUAGAGAAGACAAGGUGAUACUCUGCUGAUCUUGGCACUUGGUUACCACUAUCUUCUUGGUCUAAAUGAUCACAUCUCAUAUUACCAAUUAAGCAACAUUUUAAUUGAUAACAGAAUGGCUAAAUCAGCAUGUAACAAAAUAAAAUUAUUCAUAUAUUUUGGUUGGCCCACCCAGCUGCUACCAGAGCUAGACAAAUUAUCAAUAAAGUUACAUAAAGGUGGCUGGCAUGUUGACAUAGUUACAGGUCAUAAUAUUUAAUCCGUACAAUAGGCGUGUUAGUCAUUACAUAGCAGGUAAAGCCAUUGUAUGUUAUAUAAAGCCACUAGUUAUGCAUGGUGUUUUGAUGGUAACAGCUGGCUGGAAUGGUCAGUGGGCACAUAUCAGUACUGUAUUCAAUCUUUAUUUAUUUAUAUCUUUAUUAAUUUAUAUCUUUAUUAACCAAUUAAAAUAAAUGUUCAAGUAGCCUUAUUAACCCUAUUUGAUUAUGCAAUGAGAUGUGAUCAUUUAAGUUUUAUAAAUCCAUUGGGCACUAAGAUUACUUAGUUGGUGUCAGGUUGCAGCAGUGCUCGAGGGUGCUCAUUAAAGAAUGGGUAACUGUUGCCAUACAUUAAUCUGUACUAACUGAUAUUAAUUCACUUUUUGAAUAUGUACUGCAUAUAUAUGUUGAUGCAGCUUAACUUAAUAUUAAACAAUGAAUAGUAAUUUUAUCCAUCGGUUACAAUUAAAGGGAAAUGGGUAGGAAUUGCCCUCUUGCACUGUGUCAUGUAAAAUCCUCCUGAACCCUUGCCAGCUCCUGGCCACUAGUGCUUGGUAAUAUGGUCACAAAAGCUGAUAGAAAGGACUAUACAAUUUUAAGUAAACUAACUAUUUCCACAUUUAGUGUAAGAAUCUGUGGUGUUUGCCAAAAAGACACGUAUAAUUAUGCAGGUGUAGUAAUAGAUGACCACCUCCCCGACAUCUGGAUACGAUAAACUAUACUGUAAUUUGAUCGCUGUUAUUAUAUACCUAAGAAAAUAACCAGUUUGGAAUGCCUUUGCAAUUUGUUGCCCUUAACUAAACAUUGUUCCAUAACUAUGAGACCAUCAUGUACUGUAGUAGGAUUUUGUAAAACUAUAGAGGUCAUGAGAAGCAGUAUGUUAUUACUGUACUAUAACUCCGUGUGAAUGAAUGAGAUGCAAUUAUACACUAAUUUUUUUGGUUAGGAUUACUACAUAGUUCAACUUGUGCUUCAUAUUCCUUUUCCCUUAUAUUCUGAAAAUAGUUAUAAGGUAAAGGCUUAUCAGAAGAUGGUUAAUUAUAAUUUAAAACCAGUUUUAUUUGGUGAAAUGUAAGUGCAUAUAUUUUUCUGCAUAUUUAUGCAAUGAUGUAAGUUUGACUUGGAAUCAAAUCUUAAAAGCUUAAUUUCUGCUUUUAGUAUGAUAAUGUUAACUUUUGAGUAACAAUAAUGGUGAAGCCUUUGUUGCAAGUGUGUUAAGGUGCCAUUGUCAUUUAUUAAUGACUAAUUAAACAUAAAAUCCACUUUUAUUUGUAAAUAAUAGCAAUUUCAUUUGUAAAUAAUGUAUAUUAUGUACAUUUUUACAUAUUUGUAAAUGAGAAUAAAAGAUACCAAAGAUUGUGCUGUA